CCCUGAUUAACUCCGACUGCAGCGCUGAUUAGCGCAAUCUGGCAACCCGGACAGCACCCUUCGCUCGCGCAGCUUCAUCCUGGACGCACACAUCUCUCUAACGUUUAUUUAUUUACUGCCUUCAGCUCCGCCGCGGUGACUGCGCUCGCGCUCUCACUCCCGCCGCUCAUCGCGACUGUUCACCUCAUUUACACUCCGGGGUGUGUGUGUGUGUGUGUGUGUGUGAGUGUGUGUGAGUGUGUGUGUGUGUGAGUGUGUGCGCGCGCUCUGACACAGUUGGGAGUUUUUCUGACAGAAGUGUGUGAAAUUAGAGCCGCAGCUCGGGAUCUGAUGAGGAGGAGAAGACACGCAGCUCCACUUUAAACCCCAUCUGAACUUUAAUUUCACUUCAUCAGCGUGUGUGUGUGUGUGUGUGUGUGUGUGUGUGUGUGUGUGUGUAUCGAAGCUCGCGCGCGCGUCAGGCAGGAGAUGAGUUCUGUGUGGAAGCGGCUGCAGAGGGUCGGGAAGAAGGCCACCAGGUUCCAGUUCGUGGCUUCGUAUCAGGAGCUCGUGGUGGAGUGCACCAAGAAAUGGCAGCCUGAUAAACUGCGUGUGGUGUGGACCAGGAGGAACAGACGCAUCUGCUCGAAGCUCCACAGCUGGCAGCCGGGGAUUAAAAACCCGUACAGAGGCAUGGUGGUGUGGCCCGUACCCGAAAACGUCGAUAUCACCGUCACGCUCUUCAAGGAUCCUCACGCAGAUGAGUUUGAGGACAAAGACUGGACUUUCGUCAUUGAAAAUGAGACAGCGAAGGGUCAGCGUAAGGUUUUGGCUUCAGUGGACGUGAACCUGAAGAAGUUUGCGAGUGCGACGGUGACUCAGACGGACCUCACGCUGAAACUGAAGCCGUUAUCAGUGAAGGUGAUUGAAGCCACGCUGAAGCUCUCGCUCUCCUGCGUAUUCCUCAAAGAGGGAAGAGCCACAGAUGAGGACAUGCAGAGUGUGGCGAGUCUGAUGAGCGUGAAGCCGACGGACAUCGGGAACCUGGACGAUUUUAAUGAGAGCGACGAAGAGGCGGAUAAAACAUCUAACGUUAGCACUGCAGCGUCAGGUGCUGUUGUUCCCUCACACCCGGUCCUCGUCUCUGUCUCUAACCCGACACUGCAGUCUCGCCCUCCUUUACCUGCUCCCUCCAUUCCAUCUCUCCGCCCAUCACUCUCUCCCUCCACCCACCGACCAGCUCCGCCCAUCGCACACUCACACACACCCUCACACACACCCUCACAUACACCCUCACACACGCCCUCACACACACCCUCACACACACACUCACACACGCCCUCACACACACCCUCACACACACACUCACACACGCCCUCACACACACCCUCACACACACCCUCACACACGCCCUCACACACGCCCUCACACACGCCCUCACACACGCCCUCACACACGCCCUCACACACACUUACACCGGGUCUGUAUCCUCCAGCGCUGCCCAAAAUUUUCCAGCCUUCCCCUGGAUCAGCUCCUGCAUCCUUCAAGAGGAGACUUUCUGGUACUGAUGACCUCACAAUGACCUCUGACCUGCUACAGCCACGCCCCUUUGAUGCUGCUGCCUCUAAUCCUGCACUUCCUGUUUACAGCCAAACUGUUGCUGCUACUGACACUCAGAAAGACGCUCCUCAGGUUUCUGUCUUCAACUCCAGAAGUGUACAGGAUCACGUCUCGCCGUCUCCUGCCUCCUUCUACUCACCCCAACAUUCCUCUCUGUCUCUCUCUCACACUCUCAAACCUCCAUCCAGCUCAGUGUCAGUUCCCUCGUGUUUGGAUAAAUGGAGCCGUGACCCCGUGACCCCCGUGACCCCCGUGACCCCUGUGCCGCUGCUCAUCAGCCCUGAUCUCGAUGCCUUCUGUGAACAUGUUUCUGCCCCUGCUGCUUUCUCAGACCCCCCUCUUACCCCCCAAACUGCCCCAGUGACCCCCCCACACCAGGACCAUGCUCUAAAAUCUGCCCCUUCCACUCGCUCUUCACCUCCUCCUGCCUUUUUCACUUGUUCUUCUCCUUCUUCUACUCCUUCCACUCGUUCGUCUCUCGUUUCCGCUCUCUCUGUCGCUCCUCAGCCUCCUGCUUCACUCUCAGACUCAUCGCAGGCCGAGGCUAACAGCGGCGAGGCUAACAGCGGCGAGGCUAACAGCGGCGAUGCUAACAGCGGCGAGGCUAACAGCGGCGAGGCUAACAGUGGCGAUGCUAACAGUGGCGAUGCUAACUCUCAGUCCAUUCCUGCACAGCACACUGAUAAACAGAGUCUGGGGUCAGAGAGCGAGCAGAAAGCAGGAAAGUCUGCUGAACUUCCUGUAUCGGAGGAUGUGGUGGAUGUCGAGACUGUCCCUCCUCCAUGGCCUUUCUCCGUAUCUGGGUCCGUGUCUCCUUCUGUGUCGUCCGUCUCAGAGAGACAAUCGGGGGGCGUGUGGUGGGCGGAGCGUCCGCCUCUCGCGGAAGAGGAGCCUGACUUUACACAUGAAGAUUUUAACACUGUGUGUGUGACGUCUCCGCCUAUUAAAGCGCUGGCAGGUGGAGACAUGGAGAAGAAAAGUCCACUUACUACAGACAAAACUUCACCCACUGAGACACUGUCUGAUAAAGAGGUUCCUGUCCUGGCCCCGGUCACGCUCUUCAUCACAGAAGAUGAGGAGGAGUCACUCGAACAGGUGGAACUGAAGGAGGAACCCGUGAGUCAAACUGAGCUGAACUGGUCCGAUGAGGACAAAGUGUCGAUUACAGACAACAUCAUCUCCUCACUGCUGAGGGGCGAGUGUGAGGACGAGAAGCAGCCUGAGCGAGAUCACACCGCUGUGAGGGACGGCAGCUUAAAUCAAAUCUCUACAAAUCUACCCACUGACCCCCAAAUCACAGAGGCUGAAACACACACCAGUGAAGACACACACACUGCAUUAUCACACACUGAAGACACACACUCUGCAGUAACACACACUGAAGACACACACUCUGCAGUAACACACACUGAAGACACACACUCUGCAGUAACACACACUGAAGACACACACUCUGCAGUAACACACACUGAAGACACACACUCUGCAGUAACACACACUGAAGAGACACAAACCGUGGAUAUAUGUGCCACAGACACACACACUGAAGAUACACACACCACAGAAGCAAACAUCACAGACACACACACUCCUGAGCCCCCCGGUGGUCAGAGUGAGACCCCUCUGUGGGCAGCGUUAGAGAGAGUGAGGGAUCAGAGAGACGAGCCGGACGUCAGAGAGGAGACACACGGAGACACGACAGGUGGAGACGGAGACAGUAACGUGGACUCUUUCACGCGAGUGGAGACAAGAACAGCGGGUGGAGGUAAAACCUCUGACCACGCCGGAGACAUGCAGAAGCUCGACCUGGGAGAAUUAGAGACAACAAUAUAUAAACCAAAAACUGUGCUUAUUGAGGAGAAGCUGGAAUGUGAUAUAACAUCUCUGAUACCAUCAGCACCUCCUACAGCUCCACUUCCCUCAUUAGCAUUAGCGCCUCUUUUAGCUUUUAAUGACACGACGCUUAAUAUUAGCAACAUGGAGAGAACAGAUGCAGAUUCGGAGGUCACUAAUGAGGGUCCACUGUGGGCCAGUUUGGAGAGAAAGGGUACGAGGAAAUGGAAGGAGGGAAUAAGUCCAGGUGAAAUAGAGACAGAGCAGGCGGAUCUGGAUGGAGGCCAUAUUGAAUGGAUGGCUGAAAGCAAGAAGCAGGAGGAAGUGGAAAACUUUCCGAACCAGCAAGAUGAAGGUGUUAAUAUUAGAGUCGUUGGAUUUAGCUCAGAGCCAGGGAAGGAAUCGAUGGAAAAGACUGAUGAAGAUGAAUCCAGUAGGAAAAUUCAGAAACCAAAUGAUGGAAAUAAACUUUCAGAGGAAGAAAUCAGAUCACCUUCUGAGGAUCAGGACUUUGUUUCUGAGCAGGAAGAGACAUGUUCAGAGUCUUCAGGCCUCGUGAAAGGGAUAAUCAGUGUUUUGUAUAAAGGUUAUGAGACGGUGACGUCCAUGUUGAUGCAGCCGAGUCCUACAGAAACCGACAAUCCUGAAGACACAGAAUCUGGUAACCAGCAGUUUGAAAUCCUUCCACCUGAGCCCUUUUGUGAUACAAACCUGAUCAAAGCCACAAAAGAAGCUACAGAGGAACACUACAAGGCCCCAAUGAUUAAAGAAGGCAUUUCCACUCAAAUUUCCUGUGAGGAAGCGAGUCACGUGACAUCGGGUUCAGAGCCUUCAGGACGGAGCCUCGUGGAUUGCUUGAGGUUGGCUGCCUCAGAGGUAGAAAGAGAAGCAGAGUCUGUAAAGAAUAAGCCUGAAGCUGAAACAAGCAACGGUAAAAGAACAGUACGCAAGGUGAAGAUAAGCAAAGAGGAAUCCUCAAGUGUAGGAGGCCAAACCUGGAAAAAUGAACAGAAACCCAAAGCAAGUGAGAGCUCAGAACCAAAUAUCGAGAAGUCCAGAAAGCCAUCUUCAACUCCAGAAACUAAUACAAGUCCAGAUAAUAAUAAUGCACUAGGUCUUCACUCCACUAAGGAUGUUCCACGUUUAAAAGAAGUCGAUUUUGAUGACAUAGCAAGUGAAGAACACUCAAAGAAUGCUAAUGAAGAACCUGGAGAAAUUAAACCAGAUCUCCAGAAGAAGAAGACGUAUGUGAGUCCCUUGGUACUGACUGAACCCGUAGAGGAGGAGCUGGAGUUUGAGAUGGGGCAGGAGGAUGUAGGGACAGUGUGGUUCGCUGAGCUCUAUAUGGAUGAAGGACCGAAGGAAUCACCAGCAUCGAGCGAGAUCAUCAACACGAAGCCUGUGUCAGUGUUACAGAGCUCUCAAGCUGAGGAAAAAAAUCCUCCACAAGUUGCAAAACCUCAUGAAACCAAACAGAAAGGAGCUUCGGUGCAGGAAGUCAAGCAGAAUGUUCCCUCUGGUUUCAGAGCUAUUGUUCUACCACAGCACAACACAAAUAAAGGAAGUGGAAGUAAGAAUGAGGAGCAGAUGAGGGGAAGUACGAUCCCUCCAUCAGAGUGCACAAACAAAGUCAACACACAGGCUGAACUCGCUGCUCCUCAGACGAGGAAAGGACAUCUUCUUAUUGAAGUCCCAAUAUCAGAUCCCUCAAAGAGCAAAAUAGCAACAUAUCAGUCAGAUGAUAUCAAACCAUCUUUAGAAACAGAUAAGGAAAAGCCCACUGAUCUCAAAGAUUAUUUAGGAACAGGAAUAGAUCAGGCAGAUGAAGUUAAACAAUCCUUAGAUCAAGCCAAAGAUAAACCAGAUCAUGUCAGUAGACCUUCAGGAACAUCUAAGGAUCAGACAGUUGAUGACAGUAGAUCUUCAGAAAUAGCUGAAGAACUUGGAGAUAACAUUAAGAGAUCAUUAGAAACAGACAUAGAACAGCCAGAUGAUGUAAAAGCUAAAGAUCAACCAGGCAAUGCUAACACAUGUUUAAGAACAGCAAAAGAUCAGCCAGAUUAUGUAAAAAGAGCAGCAAAAGAACAGCUAGAAAUCACCAGCAGAUCUUUAGGAACAGUGAAAGAAGAACUAGAGGAUGUCCAGAGAUCUUUAGGAAUAGCUAAGGAACAGCCAGAUGAUGUCCAAAGAUCUGUAGGAACAGUGAAAGAAGAGCUAAUGGAGGUUAAAACAUCUUUAGGAGAUGUUAAAAAACAACUAGAUUAUGCUAACAUGUGUUCAGAAUUAGUAAAAGAUCAGCCCGAUGAUGCCACAAAAGGAGCUAAAAAACAGGUAGAUGUUCAGAAGCCUUUGGGAGCAGUGAUAGAACAGCCAGACGAUGUCAGUAGAUCUGUAGGAACAGAUAAAGAACAGUUACAUGAGGUCAAAGGACUCAUAUCAUUGUCUAAGGAACAGCCAGAUGAUGUCAUUAGAGCUUUAGAUGCAGGAAAGAAAGAAUCAGACGAUACCUCAGCUAAAGAACAGUCAGGUGAUGUCAAAGAUGGAUCACUUAAAAACAUUUCUCCAGGGAGUUCAGUGGUACCACAGCCUGUGCCUUCACCUCAACAUGCAAAGUCUCCUGACUCUCUUACUGAAACUACUGAAGAACCUUCUGCUGUGUCAGAGGAGAGCUUCCUGCUGGAGAAGAUUCGCCAAAUGGCAGAGGACACUGACACAUUACCACUGUCUGAUCCUGUUCCUCUUCCGGUUCCUGUUCCGGUUUCUCGGCCCAGGAAGCGUCUCGCCCCCUCCGAGUCUGACUUUGAUCUUCCUCCAACACCUCCACUUCCACACAGAGUCUGCACUACAUCACCAGAACAUGCAGAUCAGCGUGAACUUCCUGCUUCUGAGGUCACUGAUGAAACAGAGACGUGUAAAAGCCAGAACGAGCGGGCCAUGGUGCUAGAGGAUGAGAGAAAAGAGACAAUAAAAUCAAAAGCUAAUGAUGAAACUUUAAAAAAAGAAAAUGUUCCCGCUGAGGACGAGCUCGAUGAGGCUCACAUAGAAACGUUGAAACCCGCUCCGGUCCCGGACGAUGCGUGCGAGCUGCAGGGUGAAGAUUCCUCUCGUUUAGGAGUCUCGGGAUCUGCGUUAAAGGUGGAAAGCGAAAGUGCGGUUACGGAGAACGACGUCCGAAACUCUGCGUGUGAGGAACCGGUGAAGACGUCGCCGGUCGUUCUGCCUCGCAGCAAGAAGAAAAACAUCCCUCCACCAGUCACUCUACAGGAAGUCAGACGCGACACGCUGACACCUGAGCAGAUGGUGCCUCCCCUCCCGAGCCCCGGCCUGGUGAGCAGCAGUCAGUCGUUGUUGCAGUGGUGUCAGGAAGUGACGCAGGACUACAGGGGCGUGAAGGUGACGAACUUCAGCACAUCCUGGAGGAACGGCCUGGCCUUCUGCGCCAUCCUGCACCACUUCCACCCAGAGAAGAUUGACUUUGAUGCCCUGGAGCCUCAAGAUAUAAAGCUGAAUAACAAGAGGGCUUUUGAUGGGUUCUCGGAGUUGGGGAUCUCGCGCCUGUUGGACCCGUCUGAUCUGGUUCUGCUGUCGGUUCCGGAUCGGCUCAUGGUGAUGACGUACCUGAGUCAGAUCCGAUCGCACUUCUCGGGUCAGAACCUCAGUGUGCUGCAGUUAGAGAGGAACAGCAGCGAGUCCAGCUACGCCGUCUCCCAGCCGGACGAAACCAAAGGCAAAGACACACUGGGGGGAGACGGAACAACCAACGGGGCUCUGAUCCCUCCGCCCCGGACCAAACGGGCAGUAAAGGGGGAUGAGAUGAGGACGGAUGGAGGAACGCAGACUCCAGUAGCACCACCGCGGCACAAACAGCAGGAGGACAGAGAACAGAGUGAGGCGAGUAAAGACGAGGAGAAACGUCCAGCAGCAGACGGAGACACGGCACACGCUGAAUUGCCUGAACCUGCUGACGAGGAACCGACGUGUCUGCAGGACACCAGUCAGUAUGUGGUGAAUGAGAUGAAGGCUCUGGAGCUCGAGGAGAAACACAUAGACACCCGAGCAGCAGUGGUAGAGCGCAGACUGAGACGCCUCAUGGAGACAGGCAGUGAUAAGGAGCAGGAGGAGAAGCUGAUACAGGAGUGGUUCACACUGGUCAAUAAGAAGAACGCUCUGAUCAGGAGGCAGGACUACCUCGAGAGUCUGCAGGAAGAACAGGACUUGGAGAGGAGGUUUGAGCUCCUGACCCGAGAGCUCAGAGCCAUGAUGGCUGUCGAAGACUGGCAGAAGAGUGAAGCUCAUCAGCGUCGUGAAGCGCUCCUCCUGCAGGAACUCGUCUCUCUGGUCAAUCAGCGUGAUGAGUUAGUCAGAGACAUGGACGCCAAGGAGAGAGGGGCGCUGGAGGAGGACGCUCGGCUGGAGCGAGGCUUAGAGCUCAGACGUAUGAAGUACAGCAGCAAGGAGAAGUGUGUGCUGCAGUAAAGACACACAGCGUCCUAACACACUCUCCAACAUGUGAAUGUGUGUGUGUGUGUGUGUGUGAGAGGGGAGAAGUGUGUAUCAUCACAGUGCAGCAGCACCACUCCAACAGCACUGUAUCAGAGCGCAGCAGUGCAUUCUGGGUAACUAAGUCUGCACUGAUGUCCACUCGAUCCCUCGAGCUGCGAGAGCGACUAACAGCCCUGAAACAGUGAAGGGGACUCGGUUAAGGGGAAGCUGACGAGGGGGACGUGUUAAACACAGAACUGUGGAAUUGUGGGAUAUGCAGAUGUGACCUUUGACCUUCAGGAACGACUCUGUAAUCACACAGUCUGGUGUGAGUCAGAACCGGACAUCACGGCGCUUCAGUAACAUCAUCAUCAUCAUCAUCAUGUUUAUGAUAAAGAGCUGCACUUUAAAGGGUCAUUUAAUUUUAAACUUCAUCAUGUACUGAGUGAAAGAAAAAGUGAAGGCAGGAUCCUGCUGGGGUUCAAAUGUUACAGUCCAAAUAAAAUACAAAUAAAAUAUAAAUAAAAUAUAAAUAUCAUCUUCCUAAAUUGGCUGAAUAAUUGUGGUAAAUAAUUAGUAUUUUAGUACAGUGUGGGAAAUAAUGUGCAUUCAAUUCCCAUGCAGCUGUUCACAUGAAAUAGACCAGACAUUGCUCUUCACUUAAUAAACCUACGCAGCUAAAGAAAUCAUAAUAUUCCAGUUAAAAACAAAGUUCUGUGCACUAAAGUGGAAUGACAGGAAAAAGGUAUUGAACCUGCUAGCUGAAAUGUAUUUAAUACUCGGUGAUGAAGUCUUUGUUUGAAACGAAUCUCUCUCAGUGCUCAGUGGGAUUUUGGCCUGUUCUUCUACACAGUCUUUAGAUCUUGAAGAUUCCUGGGAGCUGCUGGUGAAUGUUGAUCUUCAGUUUAUUCCACAGGUUUCUGUUGGGCUUAAGUCUGGUGACUGGACCAUUCCAACCCCUUUAUUUUCUUCCUGUGGAACCAUCUGAGAGUCUCCUUGCAGUAUGUUUUGGAUCAUUGUUCUGCUGGAGGCUCCAUCCACGUCUCAUCCUCAUCGUCCCGGUGGAUGGCUGCAGAUUCUUCUCAGGAAUGUCUUGGUCCACGGCUCUAUUCAUCUUCCUUUUGGUAAUUUGGAUUCAGUCAGUACCAUGGGAAGAGACAUGCUCCCAUGUUUCCACCUCUGAACUUCACUGUGGAUAUUUUUAGGCUCAUAUGCAGAGGCAUUUCUCCUCUAAACAUGGCGCAUCACAUUGUUGCAGAAAAGUUAACUUGGAAGUUAACGUAGAAUCACACUACAUUCUCCCAGUAAUCUACAGCUUCUCCAAAUGUUCUGUAGCAAACUUCAAACUAGCUUCAACAUGCCUUUUCUUCAGUAAUGGAGUUAUCCGAGGUGAUGGUGCGUGGAGACCGUGGAACUGGAGUGCAUUUCCUAGUGUUUUCUCUGUGGUGAAUGUGCUCGCUGCUUCCAGGUCUUUCUGGAGCUCUUUUUUUUCUAGUGAUCUUUGGCUCUUGGGCUUCUCUUCUGAGUAACUUUCUGAUGGCCCUGUCAGAAAUCCUGUGAGGAGCCGGUUGCAGAUUAUAACCCCUUAUAGGAGCAUUUAGGAGAAAUCCGUCAGGGUCUAGUGCCAUUGCUACGCUGCUCCGCAGUCUUGUAGUGAAGCUCCUGGGAGAGAUCUUUGCCUCUACACAUCAUGAGAUGUUUCUUGGGUUUCUCUUUUUCACAGAGCUGAAGUACCAACCAACAUACACCAACACGGCUGAUUCUAAUUAACACAGGAGAACUAGUUAGUCAUCUGGUUUAAAUCAGCUGGUUUAGUGUUUUUUUCUUACUGAGUUCAGUAUUUUUUCUGUUACUCCGAUUUAUUUACGUAACUUUGGAUUGGAAUAUUACGAUAUCUUUAGCUGUGUAAUUUUUUUAGUUAGUAGGAAUGUCUGGUUUGUGUGAAUAGCUGCGUUGGAAAUAUAUUUAAUAAAACAAUUGCUGACCUUUCAAAUACUUUUUUCCCCCACUGUAAAAUAAUAAUAAUAAUAAUAAUAUUAAUAAUUAUCAUUAUUAUCAUUAUUUUUAUUAUUAGUAGUAGUAGUCAUUAUCACACAGCUGCUGAACUUAACAUUUUAGAUGAAUAAUUCUGCUUUAUUCUAAUUCUGUUAUUAUUAUUAUUUUGGUUUUAUUUCCUUUUUUUCUUCCCAAAGACACUUUUUACUGUUUUUCUUUUUAAAACGGAGUUGUGUGUGUGAUUUUACGAGUGUGUUAAAUGUGCUCUUUACUGGACUUUAUGGUCUGUCAGUUAAAUGCAGUUUGUGAUAAAGUUUAUUAAUGUUAAUAUUUUUAUUAUAAAUGUUUAGAAUUAUAUACUAUAACAUAUUUAUAUGUUAUUAAACCACGCAGUGCCUCUAAAGGUUUGAUACCGUUUACGUUUUGCCAAAUAUUGUUUUUCUGUGUUUGGGAUUUAUUUAUAUUUGUGUUUUGUAGUGAUCUGACUGUAUGGUUUGUUUGUUUUUAAUGUAAAGGUGAGGAACAGAAAUGUAUGCAGGAAUGAUAAUAAUAAAGUAUGCUGGAGUGCCCUGUAAAAUAUUGUUUUAAUAGAAUUUUCUAGAAACAAAAAAACAUGUUAAAUAUGAUUAAUUCUACCCUUUAUAUUAUCUUGAUAUAAAAGUUUAAACUGAAGUUCAUAAAGUAAUAAAAGUUUGUGUUUCUGGGUGACGCGCUCAGAGAGCAGAGCUCGACUCUGAUUGGUUAAUUUAAUGACCAAUCAGUGGACUUUCCUUUAAUUAAAGUGGAAGUGAAUCACGUGACGGUAUGACGUGUUAAUGACCGGACUGUUUCCGGUUUUAUUCAUCACGUUUUAAUUAAUAAAGUUUGAUCUUGCUUCAAUAA